AUGAACUCAUUCAACCCUAAAAACAGCCACAUGAGCACCCACCACAGUGAUAGUAGGACCUCCCUGAAGUGGCUGACUGGUGGGGAUUCCACCAUCCCCAAUUACAGCUGCCAGAGGCAGGCCAAGUCAGUGGCUGUCACUGGAGGGGCCACCUCUUCCCUGUCGGUCCAGAUGGGAGCACUUCUUGAGCUCUACAAGUUCCCACAGCUCCACAGCUCUUUGAAGGACAUCAAUUUCAGCAACAGUGUGGGUGACCAGGUAUUUCUAGAUGAAGAAAAUAACCCUGAGGCAAAAUAUGACAUUAUGAACUAUGUUUGUAGACACCUCAAUGACACUGAAGAGCUGGUGAACAAGCCCAUCUCUGAGUGUUCUCCAAGCUGUGGUCCUGGGUUUAGGAAAACUACUUGUGAUGUGGAGCCCAUCUGCUGCUUUGAUUGUGUCCUAUGCUGAGUGGGGGAGAUUUCCAACGAGCCAGGCCUGGGUCAGUGUGAGAAGUGCCCAGAGGACCAGUACCUAAACAAGGAGAGAGAUCGCUGCCUCCCCAAGGCCACCACCUUCCUGGCCAUAGAAGAACCCUUGGGAAUGACCUUGGCCUGUGCAGCUCUUUCCUUCUCUCUCCUCACAGUUCUAGUUCUGGGGGUCUUUGUGAGGCAUCAGGACACUCCCAUUGUCAAAGCCAACAAUCGGUCCCUCAGCUGUAUUCUUCUCAUCUCCCUGACCCUCUGCUUCCUCUGCUCCUUGCUCUUCGUUGGUUGUCCUACCACAGUGACCUGCCUCCUCUGACAAACAACCUUUGGAAUUGUAUUCACAAUAGCUCUUUCCACCAUUUUGUCAAAGACUAUCACUGUGGUUCUGGCCUUUAAGGCCACAAGACCAGAGAGCAGGGUCAGGCACUGCACAGGGCCCAGAGCUUCUAACUCCUUCAUUCUCACCUGCUCUCUGAUCCAAGAGACUCUCUGUGGGGUGUGGCUGGUGAGCUCUCUCCCGUUUCCAGACACAGACCCAUACUCUGAGCCUGGACUCAUCAUCAUAGGGUGUAAUGAGGCUAGCCACCACUUCUACUGGGUCCUGGGCUACAUGGGUGUCCUGGCCUUGGUGAGCUUCUCUAUUGCUUUUGCAGCCAGGAACUUCCCUGACACCUUCAAUAAGGCCAAGUCCCUCACAUUCAGGAUGCUGAUGUUCUGCAGCAUCUGGGUGUCCUUCCUGCCCAACUACCAGAGCACCAAGGGGAAGAUCACGGUGGCCAUGGAGAUCUUCUCCAUACUAGCCUCCAGCCUGGGGUUACUGGGAUGCAUAUUUGCGCCAAAGUGCAAUAUGAUACUGCUGAGACCAGAUAGGAACACCCAGUUAUCGAUAAAGAGAAAAGGAGACAUGAAGAGAAUUAAUUAUGAAACUUUGCCUCAAAGUUUCCACUAA